CUACCACCAUCCCCCCGAGCCGUGUUGCAGGGAUGGCGGGCAAUGGGCUUAGCUCUCCCCACCCCGGGCAGUGCCUGGUGUAGCGGCUCGGGUCGGAGAACCAAACAGGGCUUUGGUGCGUCGUGCCCCCGCCUGGCCUCGACGGGCCGUAGGGGGAGGCAGGGGCUGCGCUGUGCCACCGGCCGUCUGCCAGCCUCGGGUAGCGAGCGGAGCGCACAUUGUUCUAGCGGCCCCGUUCCCCGCGGCGCGGCCCGUCCCUCUCCCCUCCCUCCUCCGCCUCCCGUCCCUCUCCCCUCCCUCCUCAGGUCCCUCCUUCCCUCGUCACCGGGCAGUGUAUAAAUCCCCUUCGCCGGCGUCUCCCCCCACCGCGGGAGACCCUGGUACUUUGGCCCCCGGGCCGGGAGCCAGCCACCGCCUCCGGAUCGCUGGGACUUUGCGCUCCCGCCGCUCACCCCCCCUCCUCUCUGCCCCCGACCCUCUCCCCGCGGGGUUCCCUCGGACAGUUCCCACCGGCUGCUUUCCCUCCGCUACCCGGGGCCAGGAUGUCGGAAAAACGCGUCGAGGAGGCGCCGGCGGAGCUUACCGCUAAGGAAAUGAAGGAAAAGAAGGAAAAACUUGAGGAGAAAACAGUCCACAAAGAAAAGAAGAAGGAAAUAGUAGAGGAUGAGGAAAAUGGAGCUGAAGAAGAUGAGGAAGAGAAUCCUGAUGAUGUGGAUGAAGAAGAAGGUGGUGAUGAGGAUGAAGAAGGAGAUGAGAAUGGGCAAGAGCAGGAUGGUCAUGCAGAAAAACGAUCUGCAGAGGAGGAAGAGGAUGAAGUGGAUCCAAAGAGACAGAAGACAGAAAAUGGGUCUUCAGCUUGAGUCUUCCCCUCCCAUCUCCUCUGUUCCGUCCAUCUCUUCUCCUCCAUUCCAGCCUGUGCUUAUGCUGUCCCAUCCGCCUCUGGCUUCACACAGUCUCAGAUGAGGAAAGAUUAGAAAUACUCUCAAAUGGGGAGGACUGCAGUUUCCUUCUCACCUGAAGAUCUAGCCCGUCUGUGGCACUCUGCAGCUGAAAUUAUUCCAGUCCCACACAUCCUUUCAGCUGUGCCCCUUUUACAAAUUAUCCUCUUCCCUCAAGAAUUUUGUUGUUUCCUGAGGCCCAGUACGUAACCUUGCCAGGCCCCCAUGCCAGGCUUUUCAUCUGGCAGCCACCUCUCCUUCCCUUUUCACUUCCCCUCCUUUUCUUGUCACUAGUAUGACAGAGAUUCUCGACAGCUUCUGCUCCCCAGACCUGCUGUCACGUGUCCUCCCUGAGUCCAGGAGGCUGCAGGCACAGAUCUCAUGGUGCAUUUUCCAGUCCUAGGCCUCCUCUCAUCUGCUUCCCCCUUGAACCCUGAGAAACAAAGAAAAAGAAUGUUACAAGCAAAUAAUGGUUCUAUUAAACCACACGCAGAGACAGAAUUUACUUUAAGCUUUUUUUGGUUUUUUUUCAAGUUUACAUGACAGCAAGCUGGCCCUCGUGAAUUUUUCAGAAGAUAAGUGUUGUUUUUAUAUAUGAAUUUCAUCUGAACUGCCUAUUUUUUUAAUUUGAAGGCUUUUUUAAAACAAAUCAAGAAACAAUUUGGGACCAAACUUUGAUUUCCAUUUUUUCCCUUCAGAUUUUCUUGUGACCAUUUUUUGUAAAUUGAAGGCAAUAUUGCCACAGCAUUUUCUAUGGCACAGACAUCACGAGGAUGAUCGAUAUAAAUAUAUAUAUUGUUUUCAACUAGCACUGUAAAUAAAAGCGUUUAAAAAUAUUUCAAA